GCAUUCGAGUGCACCAGGUCAAGACGACGGAGAGAGUGAGCGAGAGAGCGAGCGGGGCAGCGAGCGCAUCGGGUGACGGGUUUCAAGACACAAGCCUCUCGUCAUGGCCGGCAAGAAGAAGCAAGUCUUGCAGGAAGAGCUCAUGGAUGGGCCAUCCUUUGAGGCCUUCCUCAGCCAGCCUGGUCUCAAGGUGAUUGAUGCCUACACAGAAUGGUGUGGACCCUGCAAGGCGCUGGAGUCUACCUUUCGGCGUCUCAAGACAGACCUUACUGAUGAUCUUCUUCUUUUUGCCACGGCUUGUACCGAUCGCAUCAGCAAGUUGAGUGAUUUUCAUGGUACAUCAGAGCCGUGCUUUCUCUUCUACGGCGCCGAUACCCUCGUCAAUGUUGUUCGUGGGUCUGAGGGCCCCAAAAUUACGAGCUUGAUCCAAGAGGAGCUGGAGCGUGAGCACGAUGCGCUUGACAAGGGCACGGAACGCGUCAAGUUUGAAGGAACUGGCGUGUCGGUUAGCCGUGGCGCUUCUGCUAAGAAACCGUCCAAGAAAGCGGCCCCUCAGUCUGAGGGGGGCGCUGCCAACACCGGUGACAACAACAGUGCCCAGACAGCCGUGGCAGACGCACCCGCUCCCGACAAAGAAUAUACGUUUGCCAUCAUCAAGCCGGAUGCCGUGGAGGCGGGGCAUGCCGACGCCAUCUUUGCCAAGCUGGCCGAGGCAGGCUUUCGCGUGGCUGCACAAAACGAGAUGACGCUAAGCCGGGAGCAAGCCGAAGCAUUUUAUGGCGAGCAUAAGGACAAGCCGUUCUUCGAGAACUUGGUGACAUUUAUGACCUCUGGCCCCAUCAAGGUGCUGGUGUUGUCUGCCCCAGAUGCCAUCAAGGCAUGGCGCGAGCUCAUUGGCCCCACAAAUACAGAGAUCGCCAGGGCUGAUAAACCAGAAUCGCUGCGUGCCCUCUUUGGCACCGAUCAAACAGCCAACGCGCUGCACGGCUCUGACAGCUCGUCUUCAGCCAUGCGCGAAAUCAACUUCUUCUUCGAUGGGUGGGCAUAUGACAACAUGCCGGCUGAGACCAAUUUUGCCGUGAUUACUCCCGAGUGCAGUGCUGGUGACGCUGCCCAAGGCAUUUCUAGUCUUUUGGCUAAACAUAGGUUUUCAAUUGAAAACCAGAAACAGACUUUGCUGACGGAUGUCUUGGCCAAAAAGAUAUUUCCGAUGGCAACCCCAGAAGCCAUUGAGCAUCUCAUCAGUGGCGAGAGUACCCUUUUGAAGCUGUCACGCCCGGGGGCACGUUACUGGCUUAGCAAGCUGGUCGGUAGUGCUGAGGACCCCGGCAGCAUUCGGGCACAAUUUGGCGUGGAUGAUAUCAAGUGUGGUAUGAUGGUGGUGGGAGAUGAUGUUGAUGGUGAUGAGCUCUUGUUUGAAGAGCAAGACCCAGAGAACGAUGUUGCCGAGGUUGAGUCUCAAGCCGCUGAAGCGGCCAAGAAUGGUGACGGCGAUGGUGACGGCGACGGCGACGGUGACGGUGACGGCCCGGGCGGCAGUAACGAUGCUACUGCGACACAACCAGGAGAUGGUGAGCCUGCCGAUGAAGGCCAGAGUUCAGGUGACGCCAAGACGGAGGAAAAAUCCGAAGAGGCAGCGGCAGAUGCCCCGGCUGCCGACGAAGCUGCUGCCACCGAAGAGGCUCCUGCUGCGGAGGAGGCGGCUCCUGCUGCUGAGGAAGCUCCUGCCACCGAGGAGGCCCCGGCUGCCGAAGAGGCCCCGGCUGCCAAAGAGGCCCCGGCUGCUGAGGAAGCUCCUGCCACCGAAGAGGCUCCGGCUGCCGAAGAAGCCCCCGCUGCCGAAGAAACUCCGGCUGCUGAGGAAGCUCCUGCCACCGAAGAAAUCUCCGCUGCCGAAGAAGCCCCUGCUGCUGAGGAAGCUCCCGCCACCGAAGAAGCCCCUGGCAACCCUGACGAGGAGACGCCUACUCCCACUUCCAACGCCGAAGAACAGGCGUAAUGCCUUGGGCCAAACCACUUUCGUCUUGUGCUGUUGAGUCCAACGCCUCGCGUUCCCAUUUGCACAAGCAAGGGCAAUCAUGGUAUUCAGAGGCGUAUUUGUGAUGAUAUAAUUGACAUCUUUGG